AGAGCGACGUAAUCCAGCCAUUUCUACGGUUCACUCGCCAGGAUGAAGAUCCUCGUCUUGGUGGCGUUCAUCCUGAUCCCAGGUCCCGCCAGCUGCUUCAACGUGUUCGGCUACGCCGGGGGUACCGUCGUGAUAUUCUCCAGUAACCAACCGUCUGGAACGUCCACCGGGUACUUCUGCAGGAAGAAACCCCACAGCGGGUGCGAAUACCUGAUCGAGGCUCCGACCCAGGACGGCACGUGGGCGCACAAGGAGAGGUUCUCCCUGCUCCGCUCGGACGGACAGUGUACCCUGAUAUUCAGGCGGUUGGAGGUGCAGGACGCCGGGCUCUACCAGUUCGGGGAGACCGGAAUGUGGAGUCAUAACAUUACGCUGAAAGUGAUAAGCGAUCCGUGCUGCGGCGGUUCCCAAACGGUGACGGCGUUCUUGGGGGAGACGGCGACCAUCCGCUGCUGCUACCCUGCCGAGUUCCAGGCGAAGACCAAGGCCCUCCUCAGACUGGACGGUCACUCUACGCCCAGGAUGAUAAUGACGUCCGAUGGCAGAGGGGACGGUCUGGGGUCCCGAGCGUCCAUCUCCGACGACAGGCAGGAGAACGUCUUUAGCGUGAGUAUCAGGAAUGCCAGGGAGGACGACAGGGGCGACUAUUCCUGCGGGGUGUGGACCGAGCGCCGGACCAUCCAGGAUUUGUCUCUCUUUACGGAAGUUCAUCUCCAUCUGACCGCAUUGGAAACACACCAGACAGAUUCCUCCACGCUCAUCGCCAUCGUCGUCGCGGUGUGUGUUUGUGUGAGUUUUCUGCUGACGGGAGGUUUCGUGCUGAUCUACAAACUGAAACGCGGGCAAACACGAGAUUCCGCCUCUGACACCCACCAGCCCGAAACAAGAAACACGCAGAACCAGAACAUAAGGACCUGCGCCGUCUACCAGAACUCGGACCCCAACCAAACCGCUUCCUGUUACCAGAGCCUGGAGCUGGAGACCAGGACAGAUUCGGUCUACCAGAUGCUGGACCCCAGAACCAAAUAAUACUCCAGGUCUGUCAGGGACCAGACGUCAGCUAGCAGAUCAUCGUCCAGCUUCAUGACCCAACUGUCCCUCAGCUUCACCUCACGGAUGGCCGAUCUUACGUUCUCCUCCAGAAUUUUCUCCUCAUAACUUUCCUAAAACAGAAUCGUCCAUCGUUUCCUCGACUGAAAGGCGUCCGGGUUGAGCAGUCCAUGAAGAAAUCCAAACCUUGUACUGCUGACGGUCUUCAAACCACUCAAAUGGUGAACAUUCGUGGAGUCUCCAGCACCGUGGAUGGACCUCCAGUCCACAGUCCCUCUUAUCCGGGCCUGGGACGUGCACUAGAGGUCCACAAUGGCUAGGUUCAUGUACCCACCUGCACCUUCUGUAUUUGUGAGCCCAGUUUACCAAAAACUAAGAUCUAAGAACAUCUAAAGAACUCAACCAAACGCUUGAAGACGAAACCAAACCCACCACCAUCACUUAUUAUAUUAGCUAUAAAUUCGUCUAGAAAGACACCCUUGUUUUUUCCUUCAUUUGACAAAACUCAGUGUACUUGUUAUGUUUGUUCUGCCACUAGAGCGCGCCAGAGUGCCAUAAUCUACUCUUCUAACCAAAAAAGGAAAACCAUCGUAAAGGUAUAAUCACUUAUCGAGUCAAAGACAUGAGCACAGGAGAAGGGCGUGGUUAUGCAUAGCUAACAAUGUACUCUUGACUUAACGGAAAUAAAAGUCUUUUUGUUUCAA